AUGACGAAACUCGCAUUAUGUGCCAGAUUCUGGGCUAAGCAUAUUACUUCAGUUUUCUCACAGAAGACCCAAAAGCGGAGUGCGCGGGUGCGCCGAGAGGCCUGGCCGGGCGCGGGGGCGCCUGAGGCCCGAGGCCCGGGCGGUGAGCGGCGGCGGCGGCGGCGGCGGCAAGGCCUCCCGGAUGCGGGCUGGGGCUCUACGGGGCAGAGCGGAGGCUGGGCCCGGGCCGGGGCGGGGAAAGCCGACGGCAGCGGCGGCGGCGAUGGACGCCCUAGAGGAAGAGAGCUUCGCGCUUCUCGGGGUCCAAGUCCCUGCCCCGCUGCGUUGGAUACACUUGGACCCCGGCUCCAGCUUGUAAAGAAACCCUCGUGGGAUUGCGUCGCUGUCGGCUCCUUGGCGGUUUCUCGGCUUCACGAUCUUGGACACAACAAAUUCGACGCUGUGGUUGGAUGUUUAGAGGACGUCCUCAUGGAUGACGAGUUCUCGUUACUACAGAGGAAUUUCGUGGGCAGGUACUAUCAGGAGCUUGAAGAGCCUGUUUUCAAUGAAUAUAUUUCUUUGGUAGAAAAGUAUAUUGAAGAGCUGCUGGAGCGGAUCCCUGGGUUUAACAUGGCGGCUUUCACAACGACUUCACGGCACCAUAGAGCGGAAGCGGCAGGCGACAUAUUGGACAUGCUGCUCACGUUUGCAGAUUUCCUGGCUUUUAAAGAAAUGUUUCUGGACUACAGAGCGGAAAAACAAGGUCGGGGACUGGACUUAAGAAGUGGUUUAGUGGUGACUUCAUUGUGCAAAUCCCAGAAUGUGGGGUCCCUUCAUUGUGCAAAUCCCAAAUCAUUGCACCAGCUUCCCAGAGUGACCUGCGGCCCAGGUCCCACCGCCAGGCAAUGGGAUCUUUCUGGACGUUGCCAGCCUAACAGCCUGGAAGAGGCUCUGGCUAAUGUGACAAUACACGUUGGAAAGACUGACCCUGUUUUACAACUCAUUAAUGUUAAGUAUUGAUGGGUCAGAAGACAAUCCAUCGACCCUCCAAAGACCCGGAAGCACCUUCUCGUGUUCGGUGAUCCUAGCACUCCUCCCCGAGCAGACCCCCUGCCUCAGGCCUCUGCGUCAGGCCCUUCUGGAGCAAGCCCAAGGCGCGCAUCACACCGGGGCCUCUUCCCCUGACAUACAUGCUGGUAGGUCAGAAGCAUUUGGAAGAACCCAUUCUCUCCGGCCCUCUUUGGCUCCGCAGGCUCUGCGUGUCCAUCAGGCUCUUGUGUGCCCACAGCCUCCUGUAUGCAUCGUCUCAUCAGACCUGCAGCCUCAAAGGGGGUUCUUCCUGUUGGGGCACAUGGCCCCAGGCUGUUAAUCAAGCCAGCCGCCUGGCUGAGCUCCCUGCCGCUCCUCCCAUCCCAGCUAGCCUCGGCUCUAGGAAUCAGCUGAAGAUUCAGUCCUGUACCUGAAGCUCCAUGUGAAAAUCAGUUUCUUGUCUUUCACUUCGCAGUCCUUGCAUCACUGUCUUCUGCUAGUCCUUAAUGUAGACUGUUUCUAGAAUCCUCUCAAGCAUUUUUUUUAGAAAAAUAUUUUUAUAGGUAAAUACUCAGGCUAACCUAGUGGAUAUAAUCUUGGAACCUCCAUGAUUACCCACUUAAAGAUCAAAGUAUUCUAUGCUGUGUGCUUUUUAGCUGUUGGUACUAUGAAAGCGAAAAGGCUUUCUUUGUUGGCGUGCCUGGUUUACUGGGCGCCAACGAGUGUGUGCUUAUGCUGGAAGUAGGCUAAAAGGUCUUCCUUUCCUAAAGCAUGUUAAGUGUACAGGUUUCUGAAAUUCCUUUCCAUAUAAAUCAUUUUGUUAGGUGUUCUGUUGGGGGUAGGGUCUCUGUAGUCGCCUCCUCCUGUGAGAAUCUGCCUGCCAAGACGACGGUGUUCCACUGAGCUAGCUCAGCAGAAGUAGGAGAGCAAACAGCUUCACUGGUCAUCUGUAGGCUUUGACAUAGCACAAUGUUUCAGAGAAAUUACUGACUGGAAAAGACAUAUCACACCUCUAGAAAGAAAAAGCAUAGUGUAUUUCAAUUCCCAAUGUGUACCUUCUAUAUUUUUUCCCUAAGUAAAAACAAGACUCUACUGAUUUCAGUUGGCUGUUGUGGUUUUAAAGUAUGAGCUACAGACUGUGUUUUUCUGUACUAAUGUGUGGCGCUUAUUAAAUACUUGUGUACCAUUAAAAAAAAAAAAAAAAAAAAAGACCCAAAAGCCCUGUAAAGUUUCUA